UCGAUCCACCGCUAAUAAGAAGCAAAGGAAAAAAGGUCUCAGAAAUAAGCUGCAGUUAUUGCUCACGCGGGCACACAGCUUGAUACUGCUGACCCAGCUGCCAAAUCUCUCCAUUCAAUUCAAUUCCUUCCAUUCCUCCUCUUUGCCCCCCUCCCUUGCCGCUGCCAGCUUCUUCUUCUUCUUCUUCGCUUCGGAUCAUCGGAGGAGUCGCUGGAGUAUAUAAACAACAGAUUCAAUCGCAUCUCCCAUCCCACCAAACCCAUCGUUCGAGCUCAGGAUCGCCGAGGGAUCCAGUUCCAGGUCUAGUUCAUUCGGGGGCAGAAGGAGGGAUGGAGGCGGCCACCAACCUCCAUCUGGCGCUGCUGCGCUUCCGCGCCGCCGCCAACCAGCACCUCGCGCACCAGGAGCCGCUCUUCCUCGUCGCCGCUCCGCUCCUCGCUCUCCUCGUCGCCCGCGCCGUCCACGCCGCUACGGCCCACGUCGCCGACCGCGGCCUCCGCGCCGUCGUCAUCUCUCUAGCCAUGGCCGCCGUCAAGUUGGUGCCGGGGGUUAGCGGCUACAUCGCUGCUCAGAAGAGCAAGGUUGUUGAGCAGUUGCAAUCAGGCAGUGCAUCCACCAAGAAGAACCUGCGAACCGAGCUGCCCGCUGUGGGGAUUCCCGACGGAGUCAUAAAAGAUCUCCAGACACUCAAAGAUAAAGAUGUAAAAUGGCAGGGAAAAUGCUCCGGCACUGUUUAUAUCGCCGGGAGUGAGUCCGAAGGCCAUUUUGCAUUGAUAAACAAAGCCUAUUCUAUGUUUUCACACACGAACCCGCUGCAUCAGGAUGUAUUCAAGAGUGUGGCACAGAUGGAGGCUGAAGUAGUUCAAAUGACAGCUGCUUUGCUUGGCAGCAAAGAGAAGGCGUCUGGUGGACAAAUUUGUGGCAACAUGACAUCAGGUGGAACUGAAAGCAUACUAUUAGCCGUCAAAACAUCACGCGACUAUAUGCAAUCAAAGAAGGGAAUCAAAAAACCUGAAAUGAUAAUUGCUGAAUCAGCUCAUUCUGCCUAUGACAAAGCUGCUCAAUAUUUCAAUAUUAAGGUGCGGCGUGUACCUGUGAAUAAAGAUUUUCUCGCGGAUGCAAAAGGAUUCAAACGGUGCAUAAAUGGAAACACCAUAAUGAUGGUUGGAUCUGCACCAGGAUUUCCACAUGGUUUAAUUGAUCCUAUUGAGGAACUUGGGGAGUUGGCUUCUCAGUAUGGUAUUUGCUUGCAUGUUGAUCUAUGCCUUGGUGGCUUCGUAUUGCCUUUCGCCCGUAAGCUUGGGUAUCCUAUUCCUCCUUUUGACUUUUCUGUCAAAGGUGUUACAUCGAUCUCAACGGAUGUUCAUAAGUAUGGGCUAGCCCCAAAGGGCACCAGUAUUGUCUUGUACAGGAAUCAUGAAAUUAGAAAGAACCAAUUUGUGGCUGUGACUGAGUGGACUGGUGGGCUCUAUGUUUCCCCUACUAUGGCUGGUAGCAGGCCAGGCGGACUAAUCGCAGGAGCUUGGGCUGCAAUGAUGUCUGUUGGAUUAAAUGGCUAUUUGGAAAGUACGGGUCAAAUCAUGGAAGUCUCGAAGAAGAUACAAAAAGGAAUUGAAGAUAUUCCAGGGUUAUUCGUGAUUGGGAAGCCAGACAUGACGGUCGUGGCAUUUGGGUCGGAUGUCGUCGACAUAUUUGAGGUGAAUGACAUAAUGUCAUCGAAAGGUUGGCACCUCAAUGCUCUGCAGAGACCCAACAGCCUGCACAUCUGCGUGACGCUUCAACACGUGGCGAUUUACGAGGAAUUCCUCAAGGAUCUGGAGGAUUCCGUGAACACGGUGAAAGCAAAUCCAGGGCCUAUCAGCGGUGGGAUGGCUCCUAUCUACGGUGCCGCAGGGAAGAUGCCAGAUAGAGGCACUGUCAAGGAGUUGCUUGUGGAGUUUAUGGACACCUCUUGCUAAUCUUUCAUUAUAUAGACCCCAUUGCUUAUGUUUCUGUAACAACAUGUAUAUCUAUGCAUUGUGCAACAAGCAGCAGUUGCCAGACAUUGUUGUGCUCUAUUUUAUUUUAUUUUUGGUUCGGCACACAGAAUGAUAUGGUUGCGAGAUUUGAGGGCUGCAACAAUAUAUGUAUAUAUGUGUCUCGGCUACAUUUGGUA